UGGCAUGAAUUGGAGUCUCAUGAGACCCACAAUACACUCUAAACCUUUGGCAACGCACUGCUGCUGCUGUCACUAUAAGGUGCCUACUUGACCCCCAGACUCUGAACAAAGAUCCAACAGAGGAGGAUUUGAGAUGCUCAGGACAUGGACUAACUCUGAAUGAAGAAUCUCUCCUUUUCCCUAUUUGCACUUUUUCUGAAUUUCUUCUCUGCCAGGAGAGCUUUACAGAGCUGAACAUAUUGGAGACCUAAGUCAGCAACAUUGGAAGUCAUGGUCCCGUCAGUGCACUGGCUCCUGCUACUGUGGGGAUUUCAAGGUCUUUUGGCACAGGACUAUGAAGAAGACUAUGAAGAAGAGGUGGUGACCACCAGGAGGAAGAGCAAACAAUUGCCAUCCAAUUCCAUACCACAAAAUGGCAAAGCACUCAUCGAUGAAGACUGCAGUUUGGAGUUGGCUUUUCUGAUCGACAGCUCAGAGAGCGCCAAGGACAACCAUGCCCAGGAGAAGCGAUUUGCCUCAGACGUGAUGGACCGGCUGCAGGGCCUCAGGCUGCAGACCGGUCAGGGGCUCAGCUCCCGUGCAGCCCUCCUUCAGUACAGCAGCCAUGUCAUCAUAGAGCAGACCUUCAAACAGUGGAGAAGCCCUGCCGACUUUAAGGCCAGAAUCGCUCCCAUCGUGUACAUCGGCCAUGGCACUUACACCACCUACGCCAUCACCAACCUUACCCGUAUUUACCUGGAGGAGUCGACUCCCAGCAGCAUCAAGGUUGCCGUUCUGCUGUUUGACGGAAUCUCACACCCCAGGAACCCAGAUAUAUUUUCAGCUGUGGCUGAUGCCAAGAACCAGGGCGUCCGCUUCUUCACCAUAGGCAUCACACCUGAAGCCAACGAGCCCACCAAUAAAGCUCAGCUGCGGCUAAUUGCUAGCUCCCCAGCCUCACGCUACCUUCACAACCUGCAGGAUAGAGGCAUUGUGGAUAAAGUCAUCAAGGAGAUUACGGCGCUGGCGGAUGAAGGGUGUCCUCUGGCCAAGAGCAAAUGUGCGUGUGAAAAGGGUGAGAGGGGACCCAGCGGCCCUGCUGGGAAGAAGGGUCGAUCUGGAGAAGAUGGAAGCCCUGGCCCAAAAGGACAGAAGGGCGAGGGUGGGCUGAGUGGACUUCCGGGUCGGGAAGGAUCCGAGGGAAAACCGGGAUACAAAGGAGAGAAGGGAGAGAGAGGGGAGUGUGGCACACCUGGAAUUAAGGGAGACAGAGGACCUGAAGGUACCGUUGGCCCAAGAGGAAAUCGUGGACUCCAGGGUCUCUCUGGUCCACCUGGCGAUAUCGGACCUGAAGGUUCAAUGGGUAAAAAAGGAGAAAGGGGACUUCCUGGGCCACCUGGAAUCCAAGGGGAAACAGGGAUUGGCCUUCAGGGACCCAAGGGUGAUGUCGGUUUCCAGGGGCAACCAGGGCCUCCCGGUCCUCAGGGAGUUGGCGAGCCUGGACCACCGGGGCCUCAAGGGCCACAGGGAGGCCAAGGAGAGAGAGGACUUAUAGGAGAAGGUCUGCCUGGGCCAAAGGGAGAGCGAGGCUUGGAGGGGCCACGGGGGCCCAGAGGACAGCCGGGCGCUGGAAUCAAAGGAGACAAGGGGGAUUUUGGCCCUCCAGGUCUUCCAGGGCCCCUCGGUCUCCCAGGAGUUGGCAUACAGGGCGAGAAGGGCAUGGAAGGACCAAGGGGGCCACCAGGGAGCAGGGGCCCACAAGGAGAGGGCAUGCCUGGUUCCAAGGGAGACCAAGGUUUGCCAGGCGAGGUUGGCGCCCCAGGAGAGAGAGGGGCUGGAGACCCUGGAGCUAAGGGUGAGCCAGGAUCGACAGGACUGUCUGGUUUGCCUGGCCUGCCAGGGGAGGACGGAGCUCCUGGACAGAAGGGUGAGCCAGGAGCUAUAGGUCUCAGGGGAACAGAGGGGGCACCUGGAAUUGGCACCCAGGGUGAAAAGGGUGACCAAGGCCAAAGAGGCAUAAGGGGCUUGACUGGUCCACCUGGAAUUGCUGGACCCUCAGGACCAAAGGGAGAACCAGGGGCACAAGGCAGGCUGGGCAUGCCUGGUCCACCAGGCCGUUUUGUCGCAGGGCCCAAGGGCGAUAUUGGCCCAAGUGGUCCUCCUGGUCCAAUUGGAGAGACUGGCUACGGACUUCCUGGUCCAAAGGGUGACCGCGGAGAUCGAGGCUCUGCAGGUCCAUUCGGUCCCAAAGGAGACGGCUAUCCCGGCCCCACGGGUCCUCCUGGUCUGCCUGGACUUCAAGGCGAACCCGGCCUUGAGGGAGUUGGCGUCCCUGGACCAAAGGGGGAUAUUGGUUUCCGUGGGUUGCCUGGUUUACCAGGACCUCCGGGCGAAGGCCUCCAAGGACCUCCGGGUAACACUGGGCGGCCUGGCCCUCCAGGGCCAACAGGGCCACAAGGUCAAGGAGUUCAAGGACCAAAGGGGGAGCAGGGAUCCCAGGGCGUGACAGGGCCAAGGGGGCUACCUGGAGAAGGCUUUCCUGGAGCUAAAGGGGACCGUGGCCUGGGGGGGGAGAGGGGGCUGAAGGGAAUCAAAGGAGAUUUGGGAGACCCCGGACUCUCGGGGCAACCUGGACGACCUGGUGUCAAAGGGGAGGCAGGCCUCACUAGAGAGGACAUCAUUCGAAUGAUCAAAGAGAUAUGUGGAUGUGGGAUUAAGUGUAAGGAGAGGCCUAUGGAGCUGGUGUUUGUCAUUGACAGCUCAGAGAGCGUGGGCCCAGAGAACUAUGAGAUCAUCAAGGACUUUGUAAACGCACUCGUGGACCGAGUCACAGUGGGCCGCAACGCCACCAGGAUUGGCCUGGUGCUGUACAGCCUGGAGGUGAAGCUGGUGUUCAACUUGGCCCGCUACGUCACCAAACAGGACAUUAAGCAGGCCAUCAGGAACAUCCCAUACAUGGGGGAGGGCACCUACACCGGCACAGCCAUCCGUAAGGCUACCCAGGAGGCCUUCUACAGUUCACGCCUGGGAGUCAGCAAGGUGGCGAUUGUGAUUACUGACGGGCAGACGGACAAGCGAGAGCCAGUGAAGCUGGAUAUAGCAGUACGAGAAGCACAUGCUGCCAAUAUUGAGAUGUUUGCUCUAGGGAUUGUGAACACCUCGGACCCAACGCAGGCUGAGUUCAUGAGAGAGCUGAAUCUUAUUGCCUCGGACCCAGAUGCUGAGCACAUGUUCCUCAUCGAUGAUUUCAACACCCUGCCAGCUCUGGAAUCCAAGUUGGUCAGCCAGUUCUGUGAGGACGAGAACGGAGCCCUGAUAUAUAACAAGAUAACUAACGGCUACAACGGCUAUGGAACCAACGGUAACAACGGCAACAGGAAUGGCAACAACGGGAACUAUGCCAUCGGUGGCUAUGGUUACCGUCCUGUGACUGAGCAACAAAUACACACCGGCACCAACACUGGCACCAGCACUCACAUCGACGGAGGCCAGAUAGAGACCACCCAGCAGGGCAGCAAAGGAUCCAGCACAGCACAUGGAGGAGGAGGACGGCAGAACGUGUUCACUGACACAACAAACUGGGGAACCGAGCGAGGGGACACAUUUAACCGCCAAACAGACAUCAGGCCAGACUCCUCCAGCACCCGAGGCUCCUCCUCAUCUUCAUCGUCUUCUUCUACACAUUUAUCCAUAUCAACCUCAGGUGUAUCUGUACAACUUGUGCCCACACAAAGGCCAGCUCUUCCCAAAGAGAUUGUACCACUGGACCCUCGCUGUGGCUUGGUUCUAGACCAGGGCACGUGUCGGGACUAUAACAUCCGCUGGUAUUACGACAAGCAGGCCAACGCCUGUGCCCAGUUCUGGUACGGCGGCUGUAAUGGCAACAAGAACCGCUUUGACACAGAGGACGAGUGCAAGAGGACGUGUGUGAUUGCAAGAUCAACAGGAGGCUGAGUGAAGGCAUCUGUCUUACAUCUGCUGUAGAUACUUCAAGGAGGGGCAGCUAAUACCAGCCAUUUUUCACAGGGUUAUGUUAAGUUUCUGCAUAAUUCUCAGGCAUAGACGUGUACACUGACACUCCCUUAUCUCCGUUUCAUUUCAGUUCCUGUCUUUGUGCCCCCUCCUGUAGCACUUAUUGUAAAAUGAUCCUCCUCUAAUUACAGUGAAAGAGAGCCUAGCUUUGAUAGAUACCUCCAUUGUUGUUGUUUGUUUUAUAUCAGCAUCUAACUCCAUCUACUCAGGAAUACAGAUAAUCACUCUCGCUGUGUGUGUCCAGCUCCCCGAUGAGUCCCACUCCCAUGGGACAUUUUUUUUCACACACAGUCGAUGAGUGCUGCAAAGAUUGUGAAAAAAUUGACUGCUUCGCUGAACAUGACCAGUCGUAAUUCUGGUGCCUUGUCAAUGUCUAAAAUAUAAAGCGCAGCAAUCAAUCAAUAUGCCAUAAAGACACAGUGUAGCUAUUCAUUUCUCUACUCAAAAAUCACUGUAGGGUAUAUUAGUGCAUAAUCACAAGAGCCAAUAACACACAACAGAAAUGAAGCCUCUCCACCACUUAUAUCACUAAAAUAUAAUAUUAGUUUGUUUUGUUUUUAUAUAAAAAUGACUGAUGCGCUGUAACUUUUAUGCAUUUGAAUGUGUUUUUGCUAGAUUUUCUGAAUGAAAAUGUGAUUAUUUGUGUUUACAUUGUUUUCUUCUUACCACGAACUUCAUUUGUUCAAGCAGUAAUCUUCCAACAUAACACUGAUGGACAGACACACAUAUACGCACUGCCCUCUACUGGGUAACACAUGCGGAUGUCUCUUAAAUUGGGACAGAAGAAGAUACUGUUUGAGCAGAAUUUGACUUCCAUUGUUGAGUAACUGGUCUGUCACUAUGUUACUCAGCUGUACUGACUCUAUAAAUCCAUAUUGUACUGUUUAUUACAUGGUCACCAUUUGAUGUCGAACAUUUUUAAUAAAUCUGAUCUAAAGUAA